CGUUUCGUCGCAUUUUUAAAUAAAAAAGUAGGAUCGUUUAUGUAAGCGAAUGGCUAUAGGAUAGCUUGGAUGAAUGGUUAGACCUCUAAUAAGCAAUAUCAAUGGAAGGAAGACAAAUGAUUCUCUUCCAUUUUAUUCUAUUUCCACAUGAAAGGGUAAAGAAAACCCACCAAACCCUAAAUAGUGGACAAAGGAAUAGACUUACCCACAAGAAAAAUCAUAUAAUAAAUUCUAACUCCUAUGUGCUACAUUUUCAUUCGACCAAAACGCAUCGCAAUGGAUUGGUUUCAAAAAAGUUCUAAACCACGAGACAAAAACGACACCGAAAGCCUCGGAAUAACAUUCGAACCCAUCGUAUUCCAUCCCGAGCGUAAUGAAUAUGAGACGUGCAUCAAACUUUCAGGAUGCCAAAAGGAUCAGAUAAAGGUAACUUACGAGAAGGCGACGAGGAAGCUCAAGGUGCAGGGAAAAAAGCAGAACACGGAAUUUGUUAAAGAAUUCUCCGCUCCGGCCGACUGCUUAGUCACCGGAAUCUAUGGCCGAUUUUGCGGCGAUGUUCUUCGCAUUAUUAUGCCAAGAAUGCUCUCUGAUCGGUCACCUUCUAAUGAUGCCUCUUCAAAGCAAGAAGACGAUCAAAAGGCUUCUUCUGAUCGGGAAGCGGCGGAGCACGCAGGGGAACAUUGCGAUAAAUUGCCUGCUAGGGUUCCGGCACCACCGCCGUCUGAUCAGAGAUCGACCGAUGAAGUUAAGGAAAUAGGAGGAGAAAAUCAACGGAGAUCUAUGGAUAAGAUGCUACCGGCCAAACGCAAAUGGACAGCUUCUGAAGAUGCCUCUUCAGAGAAAGAAGAUGAUCGGAAGGCUUCUUCGGAUGGAAAAGCGACGGCGGAGGCAGGGGAUUAUCGCGAGAAAUCGCCUGUUAGGGCGCCGGCGCCUUCGGCGACGGAUCCGGAAUUAUCGGAGAAAUCGAGGCAAAGAGAUAAUGAACUAUUCCCCGAAAUCUCUGCACCACGGCCGUCCGCUAUUGAACCAAGACGCUCAGUAAAGGAACUCAGAGAAAAUUACCAAAAGAAUAUCUCUGAAAUUGCCGCACCACCACCUCCACCUCCACCUCCUCCUCCACCAUCACCUCCCCGUCCAUCGUCCCGUGCGGCGGCUACGACGCCAUGGAACCGGAAAACCACUGGCAUCAAAGCAAGAAAAGAAAAGGAAGAAGAUCAAAAGCCACCGUCAACGGGAGACGCUGAAUCGGAGAAAUCAAUCCUCGAAUCUCAGAAGAACGAGAAGAAGACAGACAAAGAAGUUGCUAAAAAGGCGGAAAUCGUCGAAUCUCAGAAGAACGAGAAGAAGACAGACCAAGAAGUUGCUAAAAAGGCGAAAAUCGUCACUGAAUCAAAAGAAAAUAAAGAAAGUGAAGAGAAAAAACCUAGCGCCGGCGGGAACGUAAUAUUCGAGAUGCUGGCGAAAGUGAAAGAGACCGGCAAGGCGGCGGUGGCGAAGGUGAAAGAGACCAGCGAGGCGGUGGCGAAGGUGGCGAUGAAGGAAGAAAACCGGCCAGCUGUGAUGAUUGGGGCUGCUCUUUUAACCAUUGUGGUAAUUGGAGCUUCGUUGAGGUCCGCCAGAAAAAACAAAAAAUAAUUAAUAUGUAAACAAUGUAAAUUUCGUUGAAUCUAUAUGCAAUAAAUGAUAAUUAAUUUCACAAUAA